AGUUGUGACAAGAUUAGACAUUAGGAAUGCAUAAAAAGUAUAAAGUGUGGAUGUAAAAAGGGCUCAAGUCUUGAUCGACUAGUUUCAAAACGAUUCCGCGACUAUGUCAAAAAAAUGUCAAAUUAAAAAGAAAACAGAAUUUUAGCGCCAAAAUAGACAAGUGCUCCUUGAAACGUUUGCUCAAAGUUGUUAUUUAUUACUUGUAACGUAAUCAUAUUAAGUAAAAUAUGAAGUUCGCUAUCCCUGAAAUAUCGUGGCACAACAGAGAUCCUGUACUGAGUGUGGAUUUCCAACCAAAGGCUGAGUCUACGGAACCAUUACGACUUGCAACUGGAGGCACAGAUUCUCAUGUUUUGAUCUGGUACAUUUCAACAACAGAUACAGGAUCAGUAAACUUAGAAGUUGCAGCUGACCUCACUCGCCACCAAAAGGCUGUCAAUGUGGUACGAUGGUCACCUAAUGGCCAGUUCUUGGCAUCAGGAGAUGAUGAGUCUAUAAUAUUUAUUUGGAAGAAGACUGAUAAAGAACCAGCGCCAGUAAUGGAACAGAGUGAAGAACAGUACAAGGAAUCCUGGGUUAUUCACAAGACAUUAAGAGGUCACAUGGAGGAUGUGCUAGAUAUAUCCUGGAGUGCCAACUCUUUGCACCUUGCCUCUGGCUCAGUAGACAACAAACUCCUCAUCUGGGACCUAAACAAAGGGAAAUACAGCACCAUACUGACAGACCACAAAGGAUUUGUACAGGGAGUCUCAUGGGACCCCAAAAACCAAAUGAUAGCUACUGCUAGUUCAGAUAGAGUAUUCCGCACAUUUGAUGUGACUUCGAAGAAGGUGACAUCCCGCAGCAGUAAGGCAAUCUUACCAUUCCCCUUUGAACAUCCUCUACAUGAUGUCAAAGUCAGACUAUAUCAUGAUGACACACUACAAACUUACUACAGGAGACUUCAGUUCAGUCCAGAUGGCCUGCUACUGGCAGUCCCAUCAGGCCGCAUAGAGCCUGAGCAAGGCAAGGUGGACAUCAAGCCUAUUAAUGCUGUCUACAUCUACACAAGAUACUCUUUGAAAGUUCCAGCAUGCAUCCUACCAUGCGGUGAAGCAGCACUGGUGACGCGCUGGUCGCCUCGCAUGUAUGCACUCCGCGAGGGUGGCCCGGCCCCCGCCUUCCCAGCCACAAGACGUAUGAUACUCGCCAUUGGAACCAAGCGAUCGGUAUUAUUGUACGACACGCAGCAGAAAACACCCAUAGCUCUCAUCAAUAAUAUACAUUACACAAGGUUGACAGACCUGACAUGGUCUCGGGACGGCCGCACGCUAGUGGCAUCCAGCACGGACGGCUACUGCUCUGUCAUCACCUUCGCUGAGGGCGAAUUGGGAGAAGUACUGCCUGAAGAAGUAACUCCCGAACCUACCACCACUCCAGCACCAGAACCUAUGGAAGUUGAAGAACAACCAGUGGAAACACCAAAAGUAGAAGUAGAGACACCACAAGUCAAAGAAACAAAAUCAGCAGGCAAGAUAGACUCAUUCAUUAAGUUCAAGGCACCAGAAAAAUCUAAGAAACAAAAAACUGAGCCAGAACCAAAAACACCAGUCAAAAUAGAUGUUCUGGAAGAAGUUGCUAUGCCAUCGUGGUCAGAUAACAGUAAUAAUGAAAUUAUCAAACCUAAAGAGCCAGAAGUGAUGAUUGUAGAUGAUAGUGAAGACAUUAAAUUAGUUUAUGAGGAAACUGAGGGAGCCAAAUCUACAUCAACAUCUCCAGAUUCACCUAAAACAUCAGUAAAAACUGUAACAGAGAAAAGUCCUAAACAGAGCUCUCCAAAACCUAAUAAGACCGAAGAAAUCUCUAAAACCUUAUUUGGCACACCUACUGGUAGUAAUGCCAAGAGCACAAGCCAGCCAACUACUCCUAAAAGUUCAGUAGAAAACUAUUUUAUGAAGCAAGCUAAAGUGACUGAUGUAAAGGACCAAGCGGCUAAGUCUGCUCCGAGCCCGAAAGCUCCGCGGCGCGUUAGUUUCGUCACACUGUCAAGUCCUAAAAAUGCUAAGAAGAAAUAGUGUUCGAUAUUUUCAUCACUUGUAUGUUUCUUUUGGCAUAACUGACGCAAUUUUAUCAACACCGUGUUAAACAGGUUUUAACGAGGGAAAUUAAUUUGAUAUAGACAUUUAAAAGUAUUAAUAUAUUUAAUUUUGUUCAUUAAAUCAUAUUACUCUUUAGAAUAGUCCCCUCGCUCUUACGUCAAUGACAAACCUGUUUCUUAUUUCUGCUAUAAUCUCCAUUUUAAUAUAUGUAAUAAAAAUAAGGAUCAAAUGUAAUGUUUUAUAAUUUGUAAAUAAAAGAUGUGUGUAAA